GUGGUCUCACAGUCAACAGAAGUGCUGGAGUUUGUGAAGAAAGAUUUUGAUGAGUUUACCAAGGUUGUGUCCGAAGAGGCCUCGUCUGUAGUUUCAUCAACAGCAAAUACUUUGAAGGAGAAGCUUAAGCUGGAUGACGAUGAGAGCACAGCCAGUAAUGUGAAGAAAAGCGUAAGCGGCUUCCUUAAUCACGUCGCUGAAGUGUUUACUCCUCCGCCUGAUGAUGGUGAUCAGGAAGCCAUUGUCAUUCGUAAUCAGCAGCCUGUCAUCCUCAACAGACUUCAGGCAGCAAUAUAUGCAAUAUCACAAGAUCCAGAGACUUUCACAACGGACCCUGAAGGAGAAGAGACACAGUAUGAGACCUGGGUGGAGACCUUCGACCUUGAGGCACGGCAGACUGAGUUGUCAGAUCUCCUGGUCAAUAACCAACCUUUGAGACACCAUUACACAACUCUAGUUCCAGCUCAGGUAUCCCAUGUUGUGUUUUGGCAUCGAUACUUCUACAAAGUUAGCAGAUUAGAGGCUGCAGAAGCUAGACGACAGGAGCUCAAACAAAGGGCAGAGAAGACCAACACAGAGUCGGAGCUUGUCUGGGAUGAAGCAGAUGAGGACUUUGGAGGAGAUGUAGAAAUACCAGAGGAGGUCCAGACAAAGCUUCUGGAGGACUACGAGCGGGAGUGUGAAGAAAAUGGCAUGAAAAGAUUGAGUAAGACCGCAUCGCACGUGGAUACUGCGCACAAAAUCGCUUCAGCAGAUGAGAAUGUGGAUGUACCUAAUUGUGAUAGUGAUUUAUCUGUCAAAGCCACUGCAUGUACAAAGUCAGUUACGGAAGAGCUAAAAGUGGAUUUAUCAAAAAUGACAGAGGCCACCAGUAAACCUUCUCCGGCGUCGACAGAAAGCAAUGAAGAUGAAUGGGAGAAAGUUGAUGCAUCAGAAGCUGCCAGCACCCAAGUGACAGCCACAGAAAAGCCGGAGAAAACAGCGGGCACUGAAGAGGGUAAGAGUGAAGAAUGGGAGAGCUGGGACUGAGCACACUAGGAGAGUAGAACGUCCUUGGAACACUGGUUGAUCAUUCUCUCGUCCCAGUCGCGUUUGGCGGCGGCGAUGCAACAUUGCUGGAGGGAUUUGUACAUUGAUAUCUGAACUGUAGAAAUCAGGAUUUGCAGACAAGUAAUAUAUAUACCUAAUGGGAUUAGCUUCCCCACCCUUCCUUGUUCCCUCAUAUGGACUUAGUUCUUAAUUCCUUUUACUUAUUUUCUAUCUUAAUAUACAAAGAGAAACACUAGAAGAUAGAGGAAGAACUUUUUGAUAGAAGUCCUAUAUCACAGACAUUGCCUUCCAGAACUUUCCUUAUAUCAUCAUAUCGUAUGGUUUUAUCAUCACUCUUUUUAUCACUUGUAAUUCGUAUCUCCAUCCAGACAUUUUGGCUGAGUAAUUUAGCUUCACAUCUACGGUAGCUCCCCAUGAACUUGCAUCACAAUCAAGGAGAGAUGCUGGCACCAUUCCCUGCUUGGGGUCUCUUCCCUUUCCCUCACUCCGUUAGUCGAGUAACGUUUCAGUGGGUUAUCUAGAGAGGUCUUUUGCAUGAAGGAAAACUUUAUAUAUUAGUCUGAACUACUGGUGUGUGGUGCUUAUGAAUCCGAUUGUAUCAUUGCCAUGGAUGUUACUUGCGCGUGAUUGCUAUAAAGUUAACCUCCUUGAGAUAAUGUGUGCAAUUGAUGAGGUGAUGGCAUUCACAUUUAUAUAUUUUGAGUUUUAUUAAAGAGAUUGUGAGUCACUUACAAAGCAUGUGAUUGUAAUAUGAACAAAGUCUAAUGUGUGUGAGUGUCUUGUGGAGUUGUUAUGGAAUGCAUAAUAUAAUUUUUUUAUUUUCUCUAUUUGGCUGCUCACCAAAGGGGGUUUGCUGUGAAGACAAUAGUAGAAGUAAUACUAAUCACUGAAGAUAUUGUUAUAAACAAUCAUGUUUUGAAGGCAUCGUGUAAAAGCCAAGGCUUAUGAAUGGGAUUUUUACUUUUCCAUGGGGAUGGAAAAGGAUAGUGGAGUUUACCUCCAGGAAACCCUCUUGGUUGGGAAGGAACAUGAAUGAGGUCUUACUAUAAUGCAUGAAGUAAACGAGUACCAGAUUUUCACAUUUAGAUUUUUAUGUCUAUACUAUAAGCAGUCUAAAGACAGGAAUUGUCUUGCAGUGUAAGAACUUGGAAAGCAAGAUCAUUUUGUGGGGUGUUAAAAGUUGGCCUGAAAAAGAGGAGACAGUGUUUUUUAUAUAUAUAUAUAUGUCUGUGAUCCUUUCAGGUUUGAAAUAAAAGAUGAGAAUAAU